AGAAGAUGCGUUUCGCGCCGCCGGGGCUCCUGAUCGCCCAGCUUCACGCGUGCAUCUACUGGAGCUGCCUCUGGCCCGCCGGCUGCCAGCAGCAGCCGCCACGCCGGGAUCCCCCGCCGGCCCCCGCCGCCUGGAGGCAGCGGAUCCAGUGGGAGAACAACGGGCAGGUGUACAGCCUGCUCAGCCUGGGCUCCCAGUACCAGCCCCCGCGGCGCAGGCAGGCGGCGGAGGCGGCGGGCAGCCCCAUCCUGCUGCUGCGGAACAACGGCACGGUGCUGCCGCGGAGAGCCGCCGCCCGCGCCGCCGUCGCGCAGCCCCCGCCGCAGCCCCAGCCCCAGCCCGCUGCCGGCAGCCGGGGGGGCUCCGGAGCUCGGCACUGGUUCCAGGCCGGCUACCAGGCUUCCUCCGGGGGUCGCGCCGCUGCCGCGCAGCGGAGCCCAGCGGCCGCCACCUCCGCAGCCCGGAGCGCCUCCUCGGGGGCGCCGCGACCCAGCCCCGCAGGCGGCACCGGGGCCGACGGCAACGGGAGCAGCGCCGGGGCCGGCAGCCUGCCGCCGCUGGGCAGCUUCAGGCCCGGCCGGGAAGAUGUCAUGGUAGGAGACGACCCCUACAACCCCUACAAGUACACGGACGAUAACCCCUACUACAACUACUACGACACGUACGAGAGGCCCCGCCAGGGCAGCAGGUACAGACCCGGCUAUGGCACCGGCUACUUCCAGUACGGUCUCCCUGACUUAGUCCCGGAUCCCUAUUACAUCCAGGCGUCCACGUAUGUCCAGAGGAUGUCCAUGUAUAAUUUGAGAUGUGCUGCCGAGGAGAACUGCUUGGCAAGUUCAGCUUAUCGAGCGGAUGUUAGAGACUAUGACAAUCGGGUGCUCCUGAGAUUCCCCCAGAGAGUGAAAAACCAAGGCACAUCGGAUUUUCUGCCCAGCAGACCCCGCUACUCAUGGGAGUGGCACAGCUGUCACCAACAUUACCACAGCAUGGAUGAAUUCAGCCACUAUGACCUGUUGGAUGCAAGCUCACACAGAAAAGUUGCUGAGGGACACAAAGCAAGUUUCUGCCUUGAAGAUACUUCCUGUGAUUAUGGAUAUUACAGGCGGUAUGCAUGUACAGCACACACACAGGGUCUGAGCCCUGGCUGCUACGACACUUACAAUGCUGACAUAGAUUGCCAGUGGAUUGAUAUUACUGAUGUAAAGCCUGGAAAUUACAUUCUGAAGGUGAGUGUAAACCCCAGCUACCUGGUGCCUGAAUCCGAUUACUCCAACAACAUCGUCCGCUGUGACAUCCGCUACACGGGCCAUCACGCCUACGCCUCUGGCUGCACCAUUUCACCGUAA